AUGAAGCGUAAGCUCUCGGAUGCCGGCGAUCAGCCGCAAGUCUCAACCCCCAAGAGACGGAGAACGGCCCUAAAGCAGUCCAAUGGCGUCCCCAACGGCCACGCGCCCAAUCUCGCACCCCCGAACGACGAUAUCUUGAACGAGGUCCACCCACCGCAAAACGGUCAAUCCACACCCAAAAAGGCCAAUGAUGUGUCUGCCACGCCGUUACAACAGUCUGGUCUGAAAACGCCCACCCACCGAGCCAAAGCUCGCGGUUUAUUCGCUACGCCUACCAAGCCACAGUCAGUAACCGCGCCCACUCCAUCGCGAGUUAGGAAUGCAGAUCGGUCUGCGAGGAAGAAGAGUGCACGGGUGCUAUUCGAGCAGAAUGAAGAUGCGGCGUGGGAUGGAUCGGAACGACUAGCGGAAGAAAUCUUGGAGGGAGAUGAGGAGCCGGGAAAUGAGAAGGCGGAUCAUUUGGCGGAGAGCAUAGAACCGGAAGCAGCAGAGGCGCAAGAUAAAGGACCGAAAGGAGCGAAACAACCCAAGCGUCGUGCGGGACGACCGAAGGGCGCCAGAAACAAGCGCUCUCCAACCCCCGAAGGAGAACUCCCGGCUCACGAACGAUACUUCUUCCAGAACCGCGCUGGUCCGGUGAAGACAUCAAAUGCCACCCUCAACAAAGUGCCGCUGUUGACGCAUGAGGAAUAUUUCGAGAAACUUGGACAAUAUGUGGAUCCAUGCAAAGAAGAGAAGGAUUACUUGCUCUCUUUGCACCACCGAUCUUUCGCGCAGUGGGCAUUCGAGUUUGAAGAAGGGUUCAACAUCUGCUUGUAUGGUUACGGCUCCAAGCGCCAUUUGGUGGGCCAAUUCGCAGAGUGGUUUUACAAUCGCCGUCUAUCAUUCACGACGAGCCCAACUAUUGUCAUGGUCAAUGGUUACACACCAGGGAUAUCCAUUCGUUCGAUCUUCGCCACUAUCGUCGCAGCCGUGAUGGGCGAGGAUGCACCAUCAAAGCUAGGCGCACAGCCAACCGAGGUUCUCGAGCUGCUACAGUCCGCACUCAAGUCCCGCAAAGAACCAGUCACCGUUCUUAUCAACUCCAUCGAUGCCCCGCCUCUACGCCGCGCUGCAAACCAAGCCCUUCUCGCCCGCCUGGCUGCAACACCCCGCAUUCGUCUCCUAGUCACAGCCGAUACUCUCAACUUCCCAGUGAUGUGGGAUAUCAGUCUACGUGACCAGUUCAACUUUCUCUUCCAUGAUGGUACCACCUUCAUACCCUUCUCUGCCGAGGCCGACGUCGUGGAAGAGGUCAAUGCCCUCCUUGGCCGCAAGGGCCGCCGCGUCGGCGGGAAAGAUGGUGUGGGCUUUGUGCUCAAGAGUCUUCCCGAGAAUGCGCGCAAUCUGUACCGUCUCCUGCUCACGGAAUUGAUCUCUCUACUGGACGACGGUCACCAGUCAGACGAUGAAGGCGCUGCAGAGGGCAGGUCUGGCGAUGACAAUGGUAUUGAGUUCCGUCUCCUUUAUCAGAAGGCAACGGAAGAGUUCGUCGCGUCUUCGGAGAUGAUGUUCCGCACCCUGCUGAAGGAGUUCCAUGACCAUCAGAUGAUUACUUCGCGUAUGGAUGCCAGCGGGAUGGAAAUAUUGGGUGUUCCACUAUCACGCGACGAGAUGGAAGGUGUGCUGGAAGAUCUGGUGCUGGGGUAG